AUGAUUUCGUUUGGUUCUUUCUCAUAUAUUGCAAGCUUAAUGCUCAAUGGCGCAAACAUGUUGAUGCAAAUUUAUUUUAUAAUUAUGUUCAGUGAUUUGGAAAUGGACUAUAUAAACCCAAUCGACCUGUGUAACAAACUAAAUCAAUAUAUAAUACCAGAGAUUUUGACACACACUGGAAUGACGCUCCUCUUGUUGCUGGCAGGGAAAUGGGUUUUGGUGCUCUUUAAUUUACCGCUUAUCGUGUUUCAUGUCAAUCAAAUCAUUCAUAAAACUCAUGUUUUGGAUGCCACUGAGAUAUUCCGUCAGUUAGGUCGCCAUAAACGUGUUACUUUUAUAAAGGCUCUCUUUGCUUUGGUCAUGUUCUUUACCUUGCUUUAUUGCAUGGUGACAUCUCUUGUACAAGAACAAUAA